AUGCCUGCCAGGUCUAUAAAGGGAGCACCUGUCCCCACAGAGUCCCAACAGGGAGCACCUGUGCAUGCCAGUUCUAAGAAGGGGGGCCUCGCUUCAGCCUUGUUCUUCACUGAUGCAUCUGAGAAAGACCUGAACUCAGAUGCAACACUAAAAACCACGGAACAGCAGAGAAAGUGGAGGCCGAAAAAGCCACAGGAAGCACCAGUGGCUGUCGAGUCCCCACAGAAAGCACCUGUGCCCAAGUCUCAAGAUUGGCGAAAGCUAAAUUUCUCUGAGCCUCUUAAGCAGGAGUGGCUGCAGCAGCAGAAGCCUCAAAGUCCUUCUCUUCAGGGAACACUGCCUGCCGAGUCCCCACAGAAAGCACCUCGGCUGCAGCAGCAGAAGCCUCAAAGUCCUUCUCUUCAGGGAACACAACCUGACAACAUAUCAAAGGGGCCAAGGCUAAAGAUCCCUGAGCCUCUGAGAGGGGAGCUGCUGCAGCAGAGGCCUCAAGCUUCUCCUCCUCAGGGACCACCCAUGCCUGCCAGGUCUAUACAGGGAGCACCUGUGCCCACAGAGUCCCAACAGGGAGCACCUGUGCAUGCCAGUUCUAAGAAGGGGGGCCUCGCUUCAGCCUUGUUCUUCACUGAUGCAUCUGAGAAAGACCUGAACUCAGAUGCAACACUAAAACCCACGGAACAGCAGAGAAAGUGGAGGCCGAAAAAGCCACAGGAAGCACCAGUGGCUGUCGAGUCCCCACAGAAAGCACCUCGGCUGCAGCAGCAGAAGCCUCAAAGUCCUUCUCUUCAGGGAACACAGCCUGACAACAUAUCAAAGGGGCCAAGGCUAAAGAUCCCUGAGCCUCUGAGAGGGGAGCUGCUGCAGCAGAGGCCUCAAGCUUCUCCUCCUCAGGGACCACCCAUGCCUGCCAGGUCUAUACAGGGAGCACCUGUGCCCACAGAGUCCCAACAGGGAGCACCUGUGCAUGCCAGUUCUAAGAAGGGGGGCCUCGCUUCAGCCUUGUUCUUCACUGAUGCAUCUGAGAAAGACCUGAACUCAGAUGCAACACUAAAAACCACGGAACAGCAGAGAAAGUGGAGGCCGAAAAAGCCACAGGAAGCACCAGUGGCUGUCGAGUCCCCACAGAAAGCACCUGGAACACUGCCUGCCGAGUCCCGACAGAAAGCACCUGUGCCCACUGGGUUUCCACAGGGGCCACCUGUCCCCAAGUCUCAAGAUUGGCGGAAGCUAAAUUUCUCUGAGCCUCUUAAGCAGGAGCGGCUGCAGCAGCAGAAGCCUCAAAGUCCUUCUCUUCAAGGAACACUGCCUGACAACAUAUCAAAAAGGCCAAGGCUAAAUAUCCCUGAGCCUCUGAGAGAGGAGCUGCUGCAGCAGAGUCCUCAAGCUUAUUCUCCUCAAGGAGCACCCAUUCCUGACAAGACUUCAAAUAGGGAAAAACUAGAGGUCCCUGAGCACUGA